AUGUCUGUCAGCUCCGAAGGGCCGAGUGACUCGGAGCACUUCCAGCAAUGGCCUGCGUCAGAGCAGCCGCUGCCCGCAGUUGAUCCCAAUGUUUGUGAAGAUUCUUUGCACCCUCCGAGUCUAACGCGACGAAUACCUAGACAUUUUGAGGAUGUUCCUCUUUCCGACGAGGGCACCGAUAACUUGGAUAAUGUCGAUGCUUCUGGACUCAAAGAAGUGAUGCUGGCAGAAGAUUUUGACUUAAAGCACUUGGAGGAUUUCUCAGUGCGGAAAAGUUUGCAGGAAUUAGACAAUGACCCCAGCGGGAGGAAGAUCGAGUUUCUGGACAACUGGAAACAGGCCAGUGUCACCAUUAAGAUUCCCACAAAAUCAAAGGAUGAUGAUGCAAGACCUUUUUCCGUUCCUGGAUUCCAUUUCCGCCCCCUCGUCGAACCAUUCAAGCGUCUUUGGAAGGAUCCGUUGGAUAACCAUGAAGAGCGAGUAUUUGACGAGUUGUAUACCUCUGACUCUUGGCUGGAUGCCCAAGACCAGGAUCCUUUAUUCACUUCCGGGGGGGAUAAACUGGUGGCAACCCUAGAUGCAAGAUUUCAUCAAGUUCCGACCUUUGGUAACGGGGCGAUUCGAAUGUUUGCAAACAACACGUCCGAGAUGAAGAAACUGGCAGCACGGGACUUUGAAGACAUAUUACAGUGUGCAAUACCUGUGUUUGAAGGCUUGUUUCCCGAUAGCCAUGAUAUGAUCGUGCAGUCUCUUUUAUACAGAUUUGCUCAGUGGCACGCACUCGCAAAGCUACGAAUUCAUACAGAGUUGAGUCUGGGUUUCCUCGAGGAGACGUUCACGAUUCUCUCUAAGCAGUUGCGGAAAUUUCGCGACUUUACCUGUGCUGUCUUUGAGACUGUGGAAUUGCCGAAAGAGAAGGCAGCUCGCCAACGAAGGUUUGCCCAGCGUGCUGGACCUAAUGAUGGUUCUUCAGAAUCUGGGGGACCCAGAGUGAAAAAGUUUAAUUUGAGCACCUACAAGUUUCAUGCAAUGGGCAAUUAUGUACGAACCAUCAAGCUCUUUGGUAUGACGGACUCUUUUACCACUCAGAUUGGGGAGUUGGUGCACAGAGUAUUAAAGGCAUUCUAUCCCCUCACUAGCAAAUUAGAUACUCCAUCACAACUAGCAAAGCACGAACGGAGGCGCCGUGUGCUACAAGAACACAAUGGCGAUCCAGCUACCAAGAACUUCAUUUCAAAACUAAAGGAUCACAUUUUAUAUCGGCUGAAGAAGUUAGAUGUCAGUCAUUGUGACUGUACAUUUUCGAACAAGGAACACAAUUCAGUCAUCAUUCCCAACAAUAUUGUCUACUCGGUUAAAACCAUGCAGGUGCACUACACGACCUAUGACAUGAGGCGUGAAUACGAUACCAUCAACCCCAACACCAAUGCAGAUAUUAUGGUGCUCUCAGGAGAAACCUCACCUAGCCACCCAUAUUGGUACACUCGUGUACUGGGUAUUUACCAUAUAGACACGUGGCUCGAAGGUAGUCGAACCGAGAAACAGCACCUCACGGUCCUCCAUGUCAGGUGGCUCGCACCAUUGAUAUCGUCGGACCAUCAGUCAGGCAUACAGUGUGCUCGCCUGCCCAAAUUGGCCUUUGUGGAAGAGUCGGACUAUGACACAUUUGGAUUCCUUGAUCCAGGCCAAGUGAUUCAAGGAACACAUUUGAUUCCUGCAUUUGUUUCAGGGUGCGGCGUAACUUCACUACACCACGGAAACUCAUUGGCACGAGCCAAGGAUGAACUAGAUGACUGGAAAGAGUUUCAUGUCGGGAUUUUUGUCGAUCGCGAUAUGUUCAUCCGUUACACUGACUUAGGCGUAGGGCACCCAGUAGCCUUGAGGAGGAUAGUUAGAGACUGUUCUACCCUCGAGUCAGCGACAACACCAGUGGAAGAUGAUAGUAUGGACGUCGACCAACAGAUAGAUGUUGAUCUUCAACUUGACUCGGAAGGGGAGGAGGACAUGGAGUCCGAAUCAGAAGAUGAACAUGACCUUGGCUGCAACGGUAUUGAGGGAGGAGAGUGGGACAAGUUGGCACCUGCAGUUGAGUCGGAUGAUAACCUCUCUUUUUGA